AUGGGGGAUAUCUUUGCCAACCUCUUCAAAGGCCUUUUUGGAAAGAAAGAAAUGCGCAUUCUCAUGGUGGGCCUGGACACUGCAUGGAAGACUACCAUCCUGUCUAAGCUGACGCUGGGUGAAAUUAUGACCACCAUUCCUACUAUAGGCUUCCCUGUGGAAACCGUGGAAUACAAGAACAUCAGCUUCACCGUGUGGGAUGUGGGUGACCAGGACAAGGUCCGGCCUCUGUGGCGCCACUACUUCCAGAACACACAAGGUCUGAUCUCUGUGGUUGACAGUAAUGACAGAGAGCGUGUGCAUGAGGCCCGUGAAGAGCUCAUGAGAAUGUUGACUGAAGAUGAGCUCAGGGAUGCAGUCCUGCUUGUGCUUGCUAACAAGCAGGGCCUCCCCAAUGCCAUGAAUGCGGCUGAUAUCACAGACAAGCUGGGCCUGCAUUCCCUCUGCCACAGGAACUGGUACAUUCAGGCCACCUGUGCCACCAGUGGGGAUGGGCUCUAUGAGGGACUGGACCGGCUGUCCCAUCAGCUCCGGAACCAGAAGUGAGCCAGCACUCCUCUCUUUCCCUUCACCCCCUCUCCGCCCUUGCUUUUCUCUCAUGUGGCAAAUGUGCGCCCUGUGGUGUGAGUGCCAGGAGCUGUCUCCAUGGUUGGUCACAGUGUGCUUCACCGUGCUGUAAAUGUGCAGACGCAGUCUGCAACCGGGUUUUUAUUUAAUGUAAAUAGUUUUUGUUUCCUAUGAGGCAGUUUCUGGUACUCCUAUUCAAUAUUACUCAGCUUUUUUUAUUGUAAAAAGAAAAUCAACACACUGUUAGUACCGAGAAGGGAUUUUAGGCACGUGCGGCCUUCAGGAGUUGCUAUGUCAGACAGGCUCGGCGCACCUCCUCUGGGCUUCAAAUCUGUGUUAAGAUACAUUUUGAGGUUGGUUUUUAACCCAAACUCAGUGCAUUUUUUUUAAAU